CUGCGGCUUCGCGACCAGUUCGUCCCGUCCCGUCCCCGGCCGUCUCCUCCCUCGCCCACCAAUCCAACCCCGAAUCUUCCUCCUCCUCUUCCUCCUCCUCCUCCCCCGGUCGCCGCAAUCCAGCAGACGCCGGCGGAGAAUUCAACCGCGGCGGCAGAGGGGGUUGAUCCGGGAAGCAUGAGCCUGGCCUCCCGCGGCACUCGGUGUCGAGCUCGAAUCGGGAGGUAGGAAAAGUCCGCGGACCAGAGGAGAUGUCCUCGCCGGAGGGGGACAAAGACAAGCCCGGCGCUGGGACGGAGCAGGAGGGGCGGCCUUCCAAGGCCUGGGGGAUCCUCAUCUUCGGCCUCGUCGGGGCCGCCAGCGCGACCCUCGCGGUUGCCCAAGUUCGUAGGGGCGUCGGCUGGUUCUACACUCAGCUGAAUAAGGUGCAGACAACAUCAGCUUGGAGGAAGACAAGUAAAAGCUCUAGUGGAAGUUUCAGCGAGGACGCUAGGAGAAGAUAUCAUCAACGUAUGCAGCAGGAAUUUGAGGAUGAACAGGAGAGAGUUCAAAGAAUAAGGCACAUGCAAAGUGUUUUCAACCGAGAGAGGAACAAAUUCAGGAAUAGUUAUGAAAGUUGGAAGGAGAAUGGCCCCCCAGGUGGAUAUAAUUACAUCCCACGGGAUGACUGGUAUUGGCAGACUGAUACAUCUAACUCGGAAAAUAAAAAUAAACGGACAUAUACACCAGCGGGACCUAAGGGUUAUCUUAUGUCACAUCAUUAUUCAGUUCUUGGUCUUGACAGGUCACGAGGGACACCAUACACAGAUGCAGAAUUGAAGAGUGCUUUUAGAACAAAAGCAAUGGAGGUCCAUCCUGAUCAAAAUCAAGAUAAUAGAGAGACCGCAGAAGAAGAGUUCAAGGAGGUUGUCAAAUCUUACGAGGCAAUAAAACUUGAGAGGAAAAAUAACGCAAAUUGAUGCGUAUAUCCAGCUUGAUUGGCUCUUCCAUGGAAUAGCUUGGCUUCGUCUCAGUUGUUACAGCCCUGUAUAAGCGGUUUGCAGGCCAUGCCGUCAGGUGAAUGGCCAAGAGAAUCUUCUGUGGCUCCUGUGGGCCUGUAGGCAAAUUUUAUCCGUGAGUUUGUUCUUGGAAAAGCACACGUCUCUGAUAUAGACUAGGAUGUUGUCGACAAAGGUACAAAGGACGUGUUUCUGUUUGCAUAGCUAGCGACUUGACCAUAGGCUGGGCAAGGAUCGAACAAUUUUGCUGCCACCUGAGAUGGGACUAUGUGUUCCAGUGAUGUACACCUCAUGGUUAUUAUUUGAUUGCGAGGAAACUGAAGAUCUGAUCGAAAUAAAAAGUAUCAGUACAUAGCGGGUUUUUUAUUA